CAUAUAAAACAAGAAGUACUCUUUAUUUUUUCUUUUCAUCUCUACCACCAGUGGCCGACCAUGACUUAAAGAAACGCUUUUUGGGUCAAUGCUUGUGGCCAUUCCUGGAAGUGGAUAGGAAUGACCCUAUUAAAUUUUUCCCCUGCACAGAGACAUUUGCAAUGCACCUAGCAAAGACUGUUUGUCCAUCGAUCCGCAUCAAUGGCUCUUGUGAGAACAUCUCAAGGAACCUCCUCUGAUUCCAACACUUUUCGGGGUUAUCGCUACGACGUGUUCUUGAGCUUCAGAGGCGAAGACACUCGCAAGACUUUUACCGACCACCUCUACACAGCCUUGAACAACGCAGGAUUUCUCACUUUCCGAGACGACAAUGAACUUGAGAGAGGAGAAGAUAUAAAGCCAGGACUGCAGAAAGCGAUCCAGCUGUCACGGACUUCUGUUGUCGUGUUUUCGAAAGAUUACGCGUCAUCCGGAUGGUGCCUCGAUGAGCUUGUGGUGAUCCUUAAACACAAGAGGACUUCAACUGAUCAUGUAGUUUUACCAGUCUUCUACGAUGUCGAUCCGUCCCACUUGAGGAAGCAGACGGGAAGUAUUGGAAAAGCAUUUGCUGAACACCAGAGAACUCAGUCGUCGAAAAAGGUGAAGGGAUGGAGAGAGGCACUUGCAGAGGUUGCAAAUCUAGCAGGCAUGGUCUUAGCUGAUGGGUACGAGUCAAGGUUUAUUGAAAAAAUUGUUAAAGUGAUUGAAGAUAAGUUAAGUCGCGUGCCAUUGAGUGUUGAACCAAAAUUGAUUGGAAUCCAUUCUCGAGUCAAAGACAUCAAUUUAUGGUUACAAGACAGAUCAACUGAUGUUGGUAUACUUCUUGUUUAUGGGAUGCCUGGAAUGGGGAAGACAACAAUUGCAAAACAUGUUUACAAUUCAAACUUUAGAAGCUUUGAAAGAAGUAGUUUCAUUGAAAAUAUCAAUAAAACAGCAGAUCAACCAAAUGGCUUAGUUCAAAUACAAAUGCAACUUCUUUAUGAUCUUUCGAACAGCAAAGAAGUGAAAAUACAUGGUGUUGGUGAGGGACUAAAUAAGAUUGAAAGAGUCAUAAGCUCUAGAAGAGUUCUUCUUGUUCUUGAUGAUGUGGACCAUAUGGACCAAUUAGAUGCAGUACUAAAGAUGAAAGAUCGGUUUUAUCCGGGAAGUAAGAUACUUAUAACAACCAGGCGUGCAAGGUUGCUAAAGGCACAUCAAGUUACAAAGGUGCACGAAGUUGGAACUUUGUAUUACGAUGAGUCAUUAGAGCUUUUCAGUUGGCAUGCUUUUCGCCAAGACCAUCCCCUUAGAGGUUACAUGGAAUAUUCAAAAAAGGUUGUACACUAUUGCGAUGGACUUCCAUUAGCUCUAAAAGUUUUGGGUUCAUCUUUAUCAGGGGAAAGUAUUGAUGUAUGGGAAAGUACAUUGGAGAAGCUAAAAGUUAUCCCUAAUGGUGAAAUCAUGAAUAAACUAAGAAUAAGCUAUGACAGUUUACAAGAUGACCAUGAUCGGAAAUUAUUCCUCCACAUUGCUUGUUUCCUAAUAGGAAUGAACAAAAGCCACAUUGUUAGAAUACUCGAUGGAUGUGAUUUCUAUACAAUUGUUGGCAUUCAAAAUCUCAUUGAUAGAUGCUUGGUGACAAUUGAUGGAUGCAACAAAGUGCAAAUGCAUGACAUGAUCCGUGACAUGGGAAGAGAAAUUGUUCGCCACGAAUCAGAAGAGCCUGGAAAACGUAGUAGAUUAUGGCGCUAUAAGGAUUCUUUCGAAGUACUGAGGGAAAAGAAUGGUACAAAAAAAAUCCAAGGUCUUGUCCUGAAUAUGCUUAUGCAUCCUGCAAACAGUCCAAUAAACACAACUGAGACAAUCUUGGAAACCAAUGCAUUUGAAAGGAUGAGCAAAUUACAACUACUACAUCUUAGUCAUGUACAACUAGAUGGAUGUUAUGCAGAUUUGCCUACAGGAUUAAGAUGGUUGUGUUGGCUUCAAUUUCCUUUGGAUUCUAUACCUAUUGAGUUUCCUUUGGGGUGUCUAGUUGUUCUUGAAAUGCAAUACAGUAGCUUGAGACAAGUCUGGAAAGGAACAAAAUUUCUUCCUUCGUUGAAGAUCCUUGACGUCAGCCAUUCCCAUGCCCUUAGUGAAAUCAUUGACUUCUCACUUUGCCCCAAACUAGAGGAAUUGAUUCUUGUGGAUUGCACCAGCCUGAUUGAUGUUCAUGAAUCCAUUGGAAACCUGGAGAGACUCGUGUACUUGAAUAUGAGGGAUUGCAAGAAUCUUAGGAUUCUUCCGAAGAACAUGUGCAUGCUUAAAUCACUUGAAACGCUCAUUUUAUCUGGUUGCUCAAAUCUUGAUGAGUUUCCAGUGGAGAUGAUGAAGGAGAUGGAGUCUCUAGAGGUUCUUGCAAUAGAUGGAAUUCCAUUAAGGCCAAAAACAAGUUCAACUAUCUUGAGUUCUUUUCCAUGCUCUUUGGUAAAGUUAAGCCUGCAGUGGUGCAAUCUUUCUGAUGAUGUCUUUCCUACGGAUUUAAGUAAUCUAUCCUACUUGCGAAGCCUACAGUUAGGUGGGAACCCAAUUUGCAGUAUGCCAGUUUUCAUCAAAGGUUUGAGAAGGCUCGAUUAUCUAUCUUUCCAGUAUUGUAAUAGGCUCGAAUCGCUUGUGGGGUUGCCAAAAGUACACCGAUUGACAAGUAUAAUAGGAUGCAUAUCAUUAAGAAAAAUAAAAUAUCUUCCCCAUGCGCAAGGGUCUAAAUCGUGCAAUCUGGGUGGCAACGACAAUCUAGUUGAGUGGGAGCAUAGAUACAAGAUAGAGCCUAUUGAUAGAGUUGAUGUGGAAAUAAUCAAACUUUUGGGCUUGUGCAACUUGGAAUCCAUGCCAGCUGUUCGAAUGUGUCAAUCAUUCGCAAACAGGGAUCCAAAAGAGGUCCCGGUCCAGGGACUGUAUCAAGAUGGUAUAUUCAGCACAUUUUUUGCUGGGAAUGAGGUUCCAGGCCGGUUCAGUUAUAAAAGUACCAAGUCCUCCAUAUCUUUUAUAGUCCCUUCGCUACUUGCUAGUCACAAAAUUCGAGGCUUGAACAUCUUUGCUACCUAUGCGAAGGCGGGGAAUUAUAAUGGUAUAUGGUCCUCAAAUGAUCCAAUACUACUGACUAAUGUGAGUAACAAGAGCAAGGGUUUGAAGUGGAUCUAUAACCCAGAUUUCGAUGGAAUUCCAGGAGAGGGAGAAGAUAUGAUAUGGUUGAGCCAUUGGAAGAUGGAGAACAAAACAAUAUUACAAUGUGGAGAUCAAGUGGUGGUUUCUGUAGUGGCCAGGCCAGUUAACUAUAUUAUAAAGGAGUUUGGUGUCGAGCUUGUGCAAGAACACCAGAAUAAUAUAAUGAUAAGUACCCAACACAACACCAAAUCAGAUCCUAAUUAUCCAUAUGUCAUCGGUGGAGAUUUGUCCAAUUGGGAGCAUAUACCAGGAAUAUACUUCCUUGGUGUACCUGAAGAAUGUGUUGAAUACGCUAUGAAAGUUCCGUGGGGUAAUUUAUAUCGCCUCAUCAUGGACACUGAUGAAGAAGACACAGACAAAGAAGAAGGGCAGGAGGAUGAACCUGAUUACACAAUUGGAAGGACGAGGGAUGCCAAUAACAAUUGCGGCCUCAAAGGCUGGAAGGUGCUCCUCACAGCUGCCGGCUUAUUUUUCACGCUUGCCCUAGUAUUUCGGUCCUCCAUCUCCCAGAAAAAGAAGCAACAGUAGUCCACAAACGAUCCAUGAGUUUGUAAUUUUACUUGACACAGACAUCUUUGGAUUCCCUCCUUGUUUUCAAGAUGUUUUCUGCCUUUAAAAACUUCGGGUUCAAAGCUAAGCGCUUAACCACUUGAGAUAUAAAAGCCCCUAGCAAUUAGAUAUCGAA